UACUUAUGAUAUCUAUAAAACAGUAUAUUGUCUCUAUUACCUACUGUUGCUAUAGUAACUUCAAGAUAGACGCAAUUUCAGAAUCGCAAACAGAAAAUGUUCUAUUAGCAUAUUACAAAGAAAUUCCAAGAUCUUAUACAAACAAUCACGCGUGCUACGAAUAAAUGUUAGUGAUUAUUCAUAGAAUUAUUGUUUCUUUUAAAGAAAAGUGCCGUAGUUUUAAUGGAGCAGAAAGAUGUUUAGUUUUUCGAAUGUGAUUUUUAAUUGUAGAUUUUACAGGCCAAAUUUGUUUACUAAGUAUAUUUUCACUGCAGUAUCUUCGAUAACUUAACGCAUAAAGAGAGGUUGGUUCUAUGUAGCAUUAGUUGUAUAAUUUUUUUUAACUUUUAAAAUCAGCAUUUUUGUAGCUCGUAGAUGUGUGUUUUUGUAACCAAGUAAUGGACAAAAAAGAUAAAUCAUCAGUUCCGCAUCUGAUGUCGUUUUCUGGUUCGUCACCUGAAGAUGUUGAACACGCGAAGAGCUUUUGGCGAUCUUUGAAUCUUCAUCCACCUCUGGAAUCUCGUUUGGUCUCCGCCGAUAUCAGACAGCGACUCAAGGUCGCCACCGUGCGGCCGAAGAAUGACGAGUUAGCGGUUGAAUGUCUAGCAAGCGAGAACGAACGUUUCAUGAAGCAAGCGCAUGAACUGGAAAAAGCUGACGAACGAAUAAAAUAUCGCGCACUUGCGCAACAGAGAGAACAAGUCUUAAACUUGCUUUACCGUCAACGAGCUCAGCGAAUGGCAAAAGAAAUGAUUUCACGAAACCAUCGAUAGCGUUUUUACCACUCCUUUAUUUUGCCACAUAUUAAAUUUACUUUUGCUGCUACAAACUGCCAUAUUUUAACACAGUUUGCUUCGACACUCGUCGUUUGUAUUCAGUUUACGUAAAAUUUGAUAUACUUUUCGAAUACGAUAGCGAAUAG